CCAACUUUGCCCUCAGCCAUUGUACGAUCGCCCAGCUGUGCCCAGCUGUCUACUGGAUUGUGGCUUGAAUACGCUGAGCAGAGUUUCAAACAAGCAUUCGGCCCCUCCAGUCAAGCCUUCUGGACCUGUGCGCCGGCCUACAGAGGGCACUAGACAAGCAAUUGAGACGUCUUACCUCGAACAUGCAGCAUGCUUGUGAAACCAGAGCUCCCGUUGUCCCGUAAUGGAGUCGGGAUCGAUGUCUCUGCUAUAACAAUGUAGGUCCCCGCGUGCGAGCUGGAAAUGGAACCAGACUUUCUACUCAAAAUGCCGUUCAUAAACUCAAAAGGCGCGUCAACACUCGGCCACACAUUCAGGAACUUCGAUCAAACGAUCAUCACUGUAAAGGUUGGAGCGAAGGACUACCAGGAACCUUUCAGUUGCCAUAAAGAGCUACUGCGCCGAUGCUCAGCGCACUUCGAUCAAUGCUUGAGCGAGGAGAAAGGGUCGCCUUACAAGAGGUCUGGAUUGUCGCUGGAACUCGAGGAUGUGAGCCCUGAUGUUUUCGAUGCGUUCAUGAUGUGGCUCUACACCGGCUUUAUCCCACACCAUCUCAUCGAAGGUGGGAAAGAAGUUCACCCUCCAACACACGCCAUCAAUAUGAAUGGCGCAAAUAGCACAACAACAGAUCAGCAGGAGAGUGACGACAUUGACACAGCAUCAUGGGCCAUCAGUCUCGACCACGACGACACUGCUAGCCAACCCUCCAACGGCAAAGCACCCAGUGUUUCCGAAGAAAUAAGCGCAGACAAAAUACCUGGCGACUCCAGCGACGUCGAAAAAUACACCCCCUCACCACCAGUCCGCAACCCUGCCGAGAAGCCUGAAAUCCCUAAAGAAACCCUUUGCCCUUGCUGCUCGCGCCCCUACAAGUGGCGCGGCCUCGAAGGCUUCCUAGAACGGCGCUUCAUCUCCCUCUACAUCUUCGCACACCGGUACUGUAUCCCCUCCCUUCGCCGCGCCGUGCUGUUAGCCUGGCAAACAAACGACGAGAUCCUGCAAUCUAUGCCAGACCACAGCAACGUCAUCGCCGCCUACACCGAUCUCCCACCUGACUCACCACUCUGCCGGUACUUCUUGGAUAUGUACAGUGUGUACUGGAACCCGGAUAAGGACAACGAAUUCGCUAUCCCCUUGCGGAGUCAGUUGCCACAAGCUUUUUUGUUUGAGUUGGUGACGAUGUUAGCCAGGGGCGAGAGGCCGAAGACGGAGAAGGAGUGGUGCGAGUUUCAUGAGCACGAGAGCGAGGAGGAAAGGAAGGCUUGUUGUGAGGGGCUGGGGAGGGAUCCGAUUGCGGGGAAGGCGUUGAGGAGGAUUAGGGAUAGUAAGGGGUGGAAGGGGUUGGUGUUGAAGAAGGGGAAGCGAUGA